CCUGCGUGCGGGUUAGAUUGGGCACUUCGGGUUGGGGAGGAAUUCUCAUCCCUAAGAAAGUGGUUCUCCACAAACUAUUAGCUAUUCUUCCCUCUCAAACACUCUCUUAAGUACGCUCCCAAACAUUCUCUCUAAAUACUCUGGCUGAGAUUGAAUGAAUAAAUCUAAUGGUUGAUAGAGCUCUGGUUGUGGUUGAAAAACCGUCCAUUCCUUUCUCUCUUCGACAAUUGAAUAAUUAUUGAGAGAAAACAAGUUGAAAUCCAAAAUUCUAUGGAAAGAUUUGCGAUACAGGCAAUUCACUUCUUCGACAAUGAUACUUAUUAGGGUUUUUUGAGGCAUCAGUUCUACUAAUUCUCCAAUGGAAAUGCCCGGUAGUAGAUCCAACUAUACUCUCCUCAGUCAAUAUCCUGACGACCAUUUUUCUGGCGCCGGAGGAGGAACGCCGGCUCCGUACUAUGAGUCGCUUUCCGGAGAGUCCAACAACAAUAAACCGAAGGUUGAGAGAGGAUUCAAUUGGGACUCCAGUGGCGAUCAUCGAGUGAAUCAGCAGGGGAAUCGGAACCUGUACUCAUCGAUCGGAUUGCAGAGGCAAUCAAGUGGAAGCAGCUUUGGGGAAAGCUCGCUUUCGGGGGAUUACUACGUCCCGACCACUCUUUCAACUUCAGCGACUAAUGAGAUCGAUGGGUACGGUUACUUGCAUGAAGAUGCGUUGAGGGUUGGUGCCGGAGGAGGACUAGGAGGGGAGUUGAGAGUAAAAGCCUUCCCAGAGGCGGUUGCGGGGACGGGAGUGUCAUCCUCGGGGAAGAGCUGGGCUCAGCAGACGGAGGAGAGUUACCAGAUACAGUUGGAGUUGGCGUUGAGGCUAUCUUCAGACGUCGCCUGCGCCGAUGAUCCUAAUUUUUUGGAUCCUGGGCCUGAUGAGUCCGCGGUGCGAUCCUUGUCUUUGAGGUCAGCCGAAGCUGUGUCUCAUCGGUUUUGGGUGAAUGGCUGCUUGUCAUACUUUGAUAAAAUUCCUGAUGGAUUUUACCUAAUACAUGGAAUGGAUCCAUAUGUGUGGACGGUUUGUAUUGACUUGCAAGAGAAUGGUCGUAUUCCAUCUCUUGAAUCACUAAAGUCUAUUGAUCCUAGAAUGGAUACUUCAAUUGAAGUGGUUUUGAUGGAUCACCAUACAGAUUCAAGCUUGAAGGAACUCCAAAAUAGGGUCCUUAGCAUUUCUUCUAACUGCAUAACCACCCAAGAGGUUGCUGAUCAACUGGCAAAACUUGUCUGCAAUCAUAUGGGGGGUUCAGUUACAACUGGAGAACAUGACUUCAUUUCCAUCUGGAGAGAGAACAUUGAUGAUUUAAAAGAUCGCCUACGAUCAAUUGUUCUUCCUUUAGGCAGCCUGUCUGUUGGACUCUGCAGGCAUCGAGCUUUACUAUUUAAAGUCCUUGCUGAUACAAUUGACUUACCAUGCCGAAUCGCUAAGGGCUGCAAAUAUUGCAAGCGGGCUGAUGCUUCCUCUUGUCUUGUUCGGUUUGGGCUUGACAGGGAGUAUCUAGUUGAUUUAAUUGGAAAGCCAGGUCACUUAUGGGAGCCUGAUUCCUUGCUCAAUGGUCCUUCUUCCAUCUCAAUUUCUUCACCAUUGCGCUUUCCAAGACUCCAAUCAGUUGAACCUACCAUUGAUUUCAGAUCACUGGCCAGAACAUAUUUCUCAGAUUGCCAGUCACUUAACCUUGUAUUUGAUGAAGCAUCAGCAUCAGCAGGUACUGCUCUAAAUAAAGAAGAUCCUGGAUUCUCUUUGUAUCCUAAGCAGUAUGAUAAGAUGGGAAGAGACAGAAAUAACGUUGUCCAAAUCCCAAGAAACGGCAAUGAAAUUUCUCAGCUAACUCCGCCGGUGAGAGUUGGUCUGCCAGGUGACCAAGUUGCAGAUUCCCGACUCUUGAACUUGAAGAACCUGAUUAAAGAUUUCCCUUUAAAGCCUAUCCAGCUUACUGCUCACUGUGAUGGUCAACCAAUUUUAACAUCAUCUGAUCAGAGAGUAGAUGCGACUAAAGAUUUAAAGUUUGCUGAAGGCAGUCAACUGGUUUCUAGUAGACCCAGCAAAGAACUUUCAUUUGAUGUGGAGGAUUUGGAUAUCCCAUGGAGUGAUCUUGUUUUGAAAGAGAGAAUUGGAGCAGGUUCUUUCGGAACUGUUCAUCGUGCCGAUUGGCAUGGCUCGGAAGUUGCUGUGAAAAUUCUAAUGGAACAAGACUUCCAUGCGGAACGGUUCAAGGAAUUCUUAAGGGAGGUUGCAAUUAUGAAACGCUUAAGGCAUCCAAAUAUUGUUCUCUUUAUGGGUGCCGUGACUCAGCCUCCAAAUUUAUCCAUUGUGACAGAAUAUUUAUCAAGAGGUAGCUUGUAUCGGCUCUUGCACAAAUCUGGUGCAAGAGAGGUGUUAGAUGAAAGACGGAGGUUGAGUAUGGCCUAUGAUGUGGCUAAAGGCCUGAAUUAUCUUCACAGACGCAAUCCCCCAAUUGUUCAUAGAGAUUUGAAAUCACCGAAUCUUUUGGUUGACAAAAAAUAUACAGUGAAGGUUUGCGAUUUUGGUCUUUCUCGCUUUAAGGCAAACACAUUUCUUUCAUCUAAGUCAGCGGCAGGGACUCCUGAAUGGAUGGCACCAGAAGUUCUCCGUGAUGAACCAUCCAAUGAAAAGUCAGAUGUAUACAGCUUUGGUGUGAUAUUGUGGGAGCUCGCAACGCUGCAACAACCCUGGGGUAAUUUAAAUCCUGCACAGGUCGUAGCAGCGGUUGGUUUCAAGGGAAAGAGGCCUGAGAUUCCACGCAAUUUGAACCCCCAAGUCUCUGCCAUUAUUGAGACCUGCUGGGCUAAUGAGCCAUGGAAACGUCCUUCCUUUGCCAGUAUCAUGGAAUCUUUAAGACCAUUAAUUAAACCUCCUACGCCUCAGCCAGGUCGUGCAGACAUGCCAUUGCUUACAUGAAGGGAUGGUACGACGUAGGGUUACUCUUUGUGCACAUUAUACGACAUUCUUUUGAGACUGGAUAUCUGGAAGUGAUCAAUAAUCAGACGAUGCUGUAGAUCUGGUGACGAGGAAGACGACGACACUAGUGUUAGAUGGUGAUGAGGAAGCCAUGGAGAAGCACUAGUGGAGGUUGGUGGUGGUCUUGAAGAUCUAUAAAGGUGAGACUUUUUAAAGCAAGGGAAGAGAGUCAAAUUUUCAAAAAAAUUGAUUUUGUUUAGGAUUAUCACUGAGAAUAGUGAAGACAUUUGAUUUUGUAGAGUAAGAUCUUGAUUUUGUGACAAAAAUUUGAUUUUGUGACAAAAAUUUGAUUUUGUUAGGGAAUCAGUUUGUAAAUUGGAGGUCAGAUAUUGUGUAAUUAUCAACCUAAACAAUGUAAUCAAGGCUAGAUGUUGUGUAAUUAUCAACCGAAACAAUGUAAUUAGGACCCGUGUAAAAUGAGACAGUAUAUCUUCACAGCUUGGUUUGUUUGGGUUGGUGGGUCGCUGCUGUUUUUUCUACGUUGGUUAUGG